AUGUCCCCACAAACCCCAGCCCCACCCACCACACAACCACCCCAACAACAACAAACCGCCCAAAUCCCCCUCCAAUCCUUCACCCUCCCCACCUUCCCCCCCGAAACCCUCACAAAACCCCUCACAACCCAUCUAACCCUCACCUCCGACAUCCCCCUCUCCUCCUACACCUCGCUUCUCAACCAACCCUUCACCAUCCCCCCCCUACCACGCUCCAUAACAACCCUAUCCCUCGAAUCCUUCUCCCUCGGCUACCCCCCCAACUUCCUCCCCCUCCUCGCUACCAAACUGCCACGCUUGCGAAGCCUACUAUUCUUCGAGCAAGUCCUCGGAAGCACAGACGUCGAGGAAGGGGAUGUGAUCAGCUUUCUCACUCAGCUGGGGGAGGUGAGGGAAGUUCAUUUUCUGGAUGUCUUGAUGGGUAAAGGUGUCAUGCGAAGGGUUUNGGAGUUUGAGGGGUGGGUUGGGGAGGGGUUAAGGGGGUUGAGGAUUGCGAUGGUUGGGGGUACUUUGGAGUCGGAUCUGGAGGAGGAGGGAGAGGAAAGGGAGGAAGUGGAGAGGGAGGAAAUGGGGAUUCUUCCUCCUCGAAUAGCGGAUACGGCUACGUCCUCGUUGAUGGACAGGAUCCUCGCCCUAGAGACACUAAUCCUCCUUGACCUCACCCUCUUCCCUCUUCCGCUCUCCUCCCUCCUCGCUAUUCUCACGACUUGCAAGAAGCUCAAGGUGUUGAGUGUCACACUGACCCUUGAAACAUCCUGGGAGCACGUCUUUGAACAGUUACGAGGGAAGACUGGGGCAGUUGAGAGUUUAGAAAUCGUCGGAUAUCCCGGGAAUGAGGAAGUGGUUGAAGGACUUAAAAAGAGCGGGGGGGAAGGAGAGGGGUGGUUGAAAGAGAGUUGGCUGAUGGGAUUGGGAGGAGUGGAGGGUGUUAGUGUGAGUGUUUUGCAGACUAGAGGGGAGGAAUGGAGAAAAGAGAACGGGAGCUGGGUGAAAAUUUGA